AUUGAUUUGAAGCUAAGCUUUAACAAAUUGUACUGACUUGCAUCAUAACUUUAUAGCCGUGAGUUAGAAUAGUGAUUGUUUUCAUGUAACAUUUGUAUUAUUUUACUUCACAUUUUUGGGAUUUCUAAACAAAGCCCACAAACAACAACAAUUAUCUUAUAAUGUUUUUAAAAGUUUAAGGGGUAACUAGUGAAUCAAUUCAUUACAAAAAAGUUUUAAUUAAUAACACAAUGUUUAAAUUGGUUUUUAAAUAUCAUUCAAGUUAUAGGUAGCCAUUAACAUUAAUUGGAUGGCAAUAUUGUAAGGCUUCUAAAUAACGCUGUUGAAACAUAGGUGAACAAACCUUAAGCCAAUUAAAAUAAAAUAAUCGAGUAGACACAUCCUGUACUGUGAAUACACAUUGUUUAGUUACAAAAAUUGACUAUGACACCUGAUGACACUCAACCUAUAAUUCAAUAUGGAUCAAUUGAAAGAACAGAUUUAUUUUUUGAGCAUGAUAAACAAAGGUUAAAUGCAGAUCCUGAUUUUGAACAGGUAGUUUAUGGCUACCGAACUACAAGAUGGAGAAGUUUUGUAACAUAUCUUUUCUCAAUUCUAACUUGUGGCAUACCAUUCUUGAUAUUUCAUUGGAUACCCAGGUUGAAGCUAUACGCAACAUCUGUUUGCAGCAACUUCCAGGAGGCUGAUCAAGUCUUAGUUAUUGAAACAUACCAAAAGAAAUGUAAAAGUCAUUACAUUCACAGAAUAUUGAUAAAAAAUAUAAAUGAUCCUAGUGGGUUGUUAAAUGCAGGAUUCGAAGAGGAAUAUGAAAGUGAGAAAAGUCCUAUGGAGGUUGAAGAUACAUUACAUACACCUAUACAUUUAGAUGAUGGGACUACAAUGAAUGUACAACAAUACAACUACUUUAAUCACAAAAAGCAAUGUCUUAUAUGGGAGCCAAUACGAGCACAGUGGAUUAGGUUAGCUGGUGUAGAACGUGGUACUAGUUGCUCCCAAAUUCAUGCCAUGGCAUCUAGACCACCUUGCUCUGAACGUAGGCUACGAAUGUUGAACACGUAUGGGCUUAAUGAAAUCAAAGUUCCUGUGCAAUCGAUUCUGACUCUCAUCAUCCUGGAAGUGUUCAAUCCGUUCUAUGUCUUUCAAUUAUUUACUAUUGCUGUCUGGUUGGCUGAACCAUACUACUACUACUGUCUUGCUGUAGUGCUAAUGUCUACUUUUGGUGUUGCCACUUCUGUUAUACAAACUAAAAAGAAUCAACAAAGCCUACGUGCCACAGUAGAAGCUCACGAUACAGUAGAAUUGUGGGGCGGACGACGCGUUGACAGUAAGGCUUUAGUACCAGGAGAUGUGGUAAUACUGCCGGCACACGGUUGUAUGUUGCACUGUGACUUGGCUUUGCUUACCGGGUCUGCUAUAGUCAAUGAGAGUAUGUUAACUGGUGAAUCUGUCCCUGUAACUAAAACUGCAUUACAACGCUUAGACAAAGAGUUUGAUGUCAAAGAGCACAGUUCCAGCAUUCUAUUCUGUGGGACUAAAGUUGAGCAGACACGGUAUUAUAACAAUGAACCCGUUAAAGCCCUGGUCCUUCGAACCGGAUACAAUACAAGUAAAGGUCAGCUAGUUCGCAGUAUAUUAUACCCUGUACCAGCCGACUUCAAAUUUGACCGAGAUUCUUACAAGUUUAUAUUUAUUUUGGCCUGUAUUGCUGUUUUGGGGCUCGCUUAUACCGUUGGCUUGAAGGCUUACAGGUCGCUAACAAUCCGCGACAUAGUGAUAAAGGCGCUUGAUAUUAUAACAAUAGUUGUACCGCCGGCGUUACCUGCUGCAAUGACUGUGGGCAGAUUAUACGCUGUGUCGAGAUUGAAACGCGCGCGUAUAUCGUGCCUUAAUACAAGGGCUGUCAACGUCAGUGGAUCGUUGGAUUGUAUUUGUUUUGAUAAGACAGGAACACUAACAGAAGAAGGCCUAGAUAUGUGGGGGGUGGUAGCUGUGAGUUCAGCAACGUCCCCCCCACUUUUGGGCAGGGCACAAAGGGAACCCAAAAAAUUAAACGAUAUACACGAAUUAAAGAUUGGUAUGGCGUCCUGCCAUAGCUUGACGUUGUUGCAUGGCGAGCUGGCUGGAGAUCCCUUGGAUCUGAAGAUGUUCGAAUGCACCGGUUGGUUACUAGAAGAGCCAGAUGUACCAGAGCUGUCAAACUAUGAAGUUUUGACUCCCACUAUUGUCAAACCGAAAGGUUCUGCAAAUAUUAAUGUUGACGAUUUACAUAUGCCUCUAGAAGUGGGUAUAGUACAGCAAUAUCAGUUUGUAUCGUCCCUACAACGUUCUUCAGUAGUUGUUCGACUUCUGGGAGAAGAUGUACUUAGGGUGUACUGCAAGGGUGCGCCUGAAAUGUUAAGAACCCUGUGUAGACCUGAGACUGUUCCAGGGAAUCUUAAUGAAGUUUUGAGUUCCUAUGCGGAGAAGGGGUAUCGGGUGAUUGCAAUGUCGACACGUUUACUUGAAGUCACUCACAAACAACUGCAGAAAAUGGAUCGGCAUGCGGUGGAAUGUGAUUUAGAGUUCCUAGGUCUAGUCAUAAUGGAGAAUCGUCUCAAACCGGCAACGACGGGUAUAAUACGAGAACUCAAAGACGCCAAUAUUCAUGUUGUCAUGAUCACAGGUGAUAAUAUCCAUACAGCAGUUAGCGUAGCAAAGGAAUGUGGUAUACUUGAGAGUAUGGAACGAGUCGUUCAUCUCACUGUUCAUCAGUCAGGUGGACAACCGGCUUUAUACUGCCAGAGUAGUUUACAAGGGGUCCCAAUGGGAGCUUUGAUCCCAUUUGAAGGCUCCUACAAAAUAGAUGAUAGCGGCGUGGGAUCAUGGGGAGAAAGUAGUAGGAGUGGGCGAAGCAAGAGAAGAGAUGUAGAAGAGCCACAUGGUGUCAGCUAUAAGUUGGUGAUGACCGGAGAUGCUUGGAGGACCCUCCGCGCUUUACACCCGGAAAGCGUUGGUCCAGUAAUAGAACGAGGUGCAGUAUUUGCCCGCAUGUCUCCCGAACAGAAACAGCAGUUAAUCACGGACUAUCAAGCCUUAGGAUAUUACGUUGGCAUGUGCGGAGAUGGAGCAAACGAUUGUGGCGCCCUCCGCGCUGCGCAUACUGGCAUUUCCCUAUCUGAGCUAGAAUCCAGUGUUGCUGCACCAUUUACGUCCCAACAUCCGGACAUUGUCUGCGUUUCCAGGGUUUUACGCGAAGGACGCGCAGCCCUGACCACAAGUUUCGGCGUUUUCAAAUUCAUGAUCGCAUACUCCCUUACAGAGUUCCUGUCGGUCGCCUUCCUCUACUAUUUCGACGCGAAUCUAACAGAUUUCCAGUUUCUAUACAUAGAUGUCGCUUUAAUCGUGAAUUUUGCUUUCUUCUUCGGCAUGACCGAAGCGUAUACGGGCAAACUUUGUAAGUUGCCACCUCUAACGUCCCUAUUGGGAAUAGUCCCAUUAGUCAGCUUGAUUGGCCAAAUGUUAUUGAUUAUAGUAGCACAAUAUCUGAGUUAUUUGACGUUAACGAAAUUCCCCUGGUACGUGAGGCAUACGUACGAAGGGGAAGAGGCGAACAAGUGUUGGGAGAAUUAUGUGAUUUUCACGGUAUCAAUGUUUCAGUAUAUAAUUCUAGCGAUUGUAUUCAGUCACGGCGCGCCGUAUAGGCGAUCGGUGGUCACUAAUAAACAGUUAAUGAUAAGCAUUCUUUUAAUGACGGGUAUUGGCAUUUAUAUAACGGUUGCGCCUGCGCAGUGGUUGUCUGACUUUUUAGAACUUCAAAUGCCUAAAGAUUUGUUGAUGGCGUAUGUUGUCUUGGCCCUUGCUGCGAUUAACCUUGUAUUAGCGUUGUUCUUUGAGCGAAUUAUAGUUCAAUACUUAAUGGAGAGGAGGAGGGUAAUACCAAAGUGUAUAAAAGAAAGACAAGUGAGAAAAACGCCACAUCUAAUGAUCAAAAGGCAGUUGUCUGAAAUGGAUUAUUUAGAGGGUCAUACGUCUAUUAAUUAUGACGUAGAAGGAAUAAAUUCAGGUGAGGGUAGAUGAAAAAUAUUCAUGUCGUGUUUGAGGACACGGUUUGCAUUAAACCGCCGACUUUGGUCGCGGUGGAAAUUAAUAAUACAUUCCGUUAUUGUAUUUUUAUUAGUUUACUAUUUUUUUAUUUAUUUUGAAAUUAUUUGACUAUACUGAACUGUAGUUUUAAAAGCAUUUUUAUUGUUUAAUUACUUUGUGCAUUUUAAAACGGUGCAUAUUUUAUAGAUUUAUUCAAUUUCUAUAAGCAUCGAGGAGGCGUUCAAAGUCUUUACGAUUCCUAUAGAUCUUUUUGAAUUUACUAAUAACCCCUUUACCGAUAAACUCCUCUAAACUGAAACGGUAUUUAAAAUUCACUAAGCAACCGAAUUCAGAGUUUCGAGGGCUUUAGAUAUUAAAAUAAGUAAGACAUAUAAAACAAGAGUUUAAACCAGUGUUGGCUAACAUGGGGCCCAUACCCACAGUCUUUUCGAAUUCGCUUUUUCUAAUUUCAGUUUUGUGUAAUAUAUUUUAAAAUUUUCUGUGAAAAUCUAUUGUUUCUUUUACAAUUUUCAAUAAAUUUCUUCUUAAAAUUUUCUUUGCAAUUCAAUUUUAGAUAUUAAAAAUGAUAUAUUUUCCAUUUGUCAUAAGAAUUUUAGGAAGGCGAAGCUGGGUAUGGCACAAAUAGUUUGGGGGACACUGGCUUAAACCUAAUGAGAGACAAGAUUAUAUUGUUAUGUUAAAACGAGAUAUGAGAGAAAUGUCUAUUACAUUUAUCAUACUUAUGAUGAAGAAUGUUGGAAUAAAAAUGGGGGCCACCUAGAGAUUUUUUUCAACAUUAUUUAGAUUUUCUAUUGAAAUGUUUUAAUAACCAGUUCAUCGGUAAGGGAGUUUGUAUAUUUUAACCUUAUGCAAUGUAAUAUAUGUGAGUUUUAUCUUUAUUGUGAAGCACAGUGUGAUAAUUAACAUAAUUAAGUGCCUUAAUAGUUUUAAAAUAUUUGUAUGUUACUUUCUUAAGUGUGAUAUUACAUCUGAUAUGUUGGAGCUAGCUUAGUUCACCCAUAUUAUCUCGAUUAUAUAUUUAAGUCUCAUAUUCACUUUUUCACUCAGUAUAAUAUAUGGCAUAGCCAUUGGUUGAUUAUGCGUCUUCGGCUAAUAAUAAUAAAAUCAGUUAUAAAAAAAAAACUGGUCACUAUGGUUUCAAACACAGACAAUAUUUAGACUA